AUGUCUCUCACUAGCACAACCGAGUCAGACUCUUUGAAGGAUAGAUUGAUAUCCUCCAAUAAAGAGGCUCAAUGUAUAUUUGACAUAGACGAUCCACGCGACCGAAGAUCUCAAUGUGAGGAUAUCUUUAACAUUUACGUACUUGAACUAUUGAAGUGUCGACUAAAUUUCUCUCACCUUUCUGUUAUAUUGGACUUAGAUGAUUUGGUCGAGGAAUUCCAAAGCAAAAAGUGUAGCAAGGAGGAACUCGAGGAACUCAAGUCUUUGUGUUACCAGAGACUUCAAUUGCUGAUAGGCAUCGAUGACGAUGAUGAUGACGAUCAUGAGGAGAGUCUCGAUUUGGCAAUCGAGCACUUUCAAGGGAUACUAGGUCAUCGUCAACUCAUCAAAGACAAUACCCGUGCCAUAAACUUUAGCUUUGAUACCAACACAGAACAAGAAGCGCCUUCACGGAAGGAAAAAACUAAACAGCUUCUUAAGAGUGUUGAAGAUCUCUUCCAAGCAGUCAAUCCUCAAUCCAUCACCGACUUUCGUUGGGAAGUAGCAAUGUUCGUUUGUGGAAGGAUUUUCGACAUUGAUCUCUUUGAUCCGAAAGGUCUUUACUCGAUUCCUUUGAAAAACUGUCUUCGAAUCGUUUCUACUUUUACCAAUUUGGUCACUUUUCAAUACAACUCACGUGAUAGUCAUUCAACCUUUGAAGAAGUGGUUUCCCAAACAGUUGCAAGUUUACCUAAUCUUGAAGUCCUUGUGAUUGCUCGUGAAGAGAAUAAUGUGAGACGAUGGUUCGAGAAUUAUGAGCCCGACCUUGCUUACGAAGAAGAAAUUAGCAAAUUGAUGGGUGAUUCACUUAACUUAUUGACCAAGCUCAAGAGAUUACAUUUGCAAGGGCUCAUCGCACCACGUUCAGGAUGGGGCAAACUAGAUUGGAAGUGCCCUGUAGAGUAUCUCAAGGUGACCGAGUGUCCUAGACUUCAUGGACCGUCUAUAUUCACUUUGGCACAGGCUUUCCGGAAAACGCUCUUAGGCCUACUGAUUGGUCCCAACAUAGAUCUAGUACCUGAAAUCGAUCAGCCCAACAUGGAGUUUGGCAAAGAAUUUGAGGUCUUAGAAGAGCUCUCGGUGCGAGUUGAUCUAGGACGUCGUGGUGAAGAGCAAAAGCUGGUGGAUAGCAUGUCUCAAGCUCCGAAACUCAAACACUUUGACAUUCAUCGGACCCAUACCGAUCUACUCUCUCGCGUCAAAGAACAACUCGAACAACCCGAACCAGCUUGGCCAAGUCUUCGAACCCUUGGACUUGAUCAUGGUGUCGGGAAAAUAAAGUUGAACUUGGGUCUACUUGACAAGAAACUGAAGGAUGUGAAAGAAUAUGUUUCCCAUAAGUUUGGUGUAUUAGAUGCCGAGUGGGCUUGGCCGACCAGGUAUGAUCACACGGACCGAUAUGGGUAUGGCAAGAUGACGCUUUCUAAUGGUAGGGUAGUUGAAGUUAAAGCCCUAGAUCUUGAUUUCGGAGAACGUACCUCGUUACAAUAUAGAGAUACUGCCAAAUUGAUAUCUCAAUUGUCCCCUUGA